AUGGAAAGCAACAAAAAGCCAACAGAGAAAGAGGAAGCCAGCAACAAAGAAGUGACAACAAGUAAGCAAACAUCAGAGAAGCUCAAAGAGAAGGAUGAUCAAGAGAAGCAGCCACAAAUCUCAAGAAAAGGGAAGGAAACAAUAGAAGGACCAUCUCAAAGACAGAAGCAAGUGGAGAAGACUUUCACACCUCCCUUGCCAUAUCCUCAAAGGUUCAACAAGGAAACCAAGGAUCAACACUUCCCCAAACUCCUUGAAGUCUUCAAGAAAUUGGAGAUUAAUAUCCCUCUGGCUGAGGCAUUAGAGCAGAUGCCUCUAUAUGCAAAAUUCUUGAAGGAACUUAUCGAAAAAAAGAGAAGUUGGCAUGAGAAGGAAACCAUAUUGCUCACUGAAGAAUGCAGUGCAUUAAUCCAGAAAGGGCUUUCCCCAAAACUGAAGGACCCUGGAAGUUUUUUCCUACCUUGCACCAUUGGCAACAUAAGCAUCAAUAAAGCAAUGUGUGACCUAGGAGCUAGCAUCAAUCUAAUGCCCUCGUCUCUGAUGAAAAGGCUAUGCAUAGAGGAGGUAAAGUCCAUACAGAUGUCACUAGAGCUAGUGGACAAGUCUGUGGUGUUUCCCAAAGGUGUGACUGAAAACCUUUUGGUCAAAGUGGAUAAGUUUAUAUUCCCUGCAGACUUUGUGAUUCUGGACCUAGAUAAGGAAGGAAGUGAUUCCAUCAUACUAGGAAGACCAUUCUUGACUACAGCAAGGGCUAUUAUAGAUGUGAAACAAGGGGAAUUGACCUUGAGAAUGCAUGAUGAAAGUAUUACUCUAAAUGUCUUUCCAGAAACACAGCACUAUGAUGAAAAGAAAGAAUGCAUGGAGAUCAACAGAGAAGACUUACAGUGGAAGGAAGAAACCAACAAGACACUCAUUAAUUCCCUUCCAAAGCAAGAAACAAGCAACAAGGCAGAACAAAAGGAGAAGGAGACUGAGCAGAGUAAUGAGGAAAAGCUAAAAGAAAUUGAAGUGUUAAUCACUGAGAAGGAAAGUCCCAAAAUGCAGUCCACUGUCAAAGAAGAAAAGAUCAACACAAAAAAGAAAGAAAAGCAAGAAAAAGGCUCAAAAGGGGUGGAAGAACAAAAAGGUCCCAACUGA